CGCGCCGCAGCCCGGCCUCCGCGCCCGGCCCCGGGAAGGCCGGCGGGCGGCCGCGUCCCGUGUCCUCGGCGACCGCGGAGCAGGUCUGAUCCGUUUCUGUCUGCGUCUGCCCGGCCGCUGCGCCGAUCCACCGUAGAUCUGUGUCUGCACAAGCGGAGGACGGGGAAAAUGCAUGCGGCGGGCCCUGGGAUUUCUGGGUUCCGGUGGCCUGGAGGAGUCCUUUCCAAAUAUAAGAGGAAUAAAGAAGCCACUUCCCCAGCUGUCAUCAUCUGCCAACAGAUUGGGCAAGAAUAUUUCCAGCACCACAGAGAAGGCAGUCCAUCAAACCCUAGAUGAUGAUCAGCCGUGUGAUUUUUUCAAGAAAGGGAAUAGGGUGAAUAAAUGUCACCAGAAAAGCAGCGACAUGAAUGCUGGCUCGGCUUGGACUAAAGCACAACGUUCAAAACCCUCUUCAGGAAAAAGGCAGAGUAAACCGCAGGCGCCCGCAGUGCCCUCCCAGCUGCCGGGGGACGCACGCCGAGAAAGCGCUUCCCCGGAAGGCAGACCCAAAAGGAGCCCCCUGGACCCCAGGUGUCGGGGCGCCUCGGGGAGCGAGCUGUUUCUCGACCUCCAGCGCGUGAAAGUCAUGAAGGCGGACGAGGACGAGGACAGCGCCAGCGACCUGUCGGACUCGGAGAGAGUGGCCGAGCCGCCGCCGCCUGCGCUCGCGCCCCCCGAGCUGCGCCUGCGCGCCGAGGAGACGGACGCCGCCGACCCGGGCCUGGACCCGGACCCCGGCGCGGACCCGCGCGGCGCGCAGCCCACCUACCGCUACGCGGACUUCCUGCCCGCGCCGUUCAGCUCCUGGGACCUCCGCGACCUGGCCGUGCCUCCCGGCGCCGAGCCCAGGCCAGCGGCCCAGGGCGGCGCGGCGGGGCCGCUGGCCAGGUACGUCGCCAGGCUGCUGCAGCUGGAGUGGCUGCAGAUGCAGACCGUCCGGAGCGAGAAGGGGAAGGGCGCCAGGGCCCGGCCGCUCACCGCCCCCGGCGCGGCCGGGGCCCCGAAGAGCCCGGGCGGAAGCAGCGGGGCGGCCGGCGCUCCGGCGAGGCCUCACCAGGAGGGGCCUCCCAAGCCAGGCGCUUCCCGAAGGAGAGAGCUGCAGCGCGAGGAAGCCCGGCCGUCCUACUACGCCUUCGACACCCGCCCCAAAGCUCUCCACGUGGGGCGCAGCCGCGGACCGAGUUCUCAGAAGCCAGCCCUCGAGGACAGGACAGAGGAGCAGAAAAAGAAAUGGAGUAAGAGCCCCAGGCUGCAGCGCCGGGACCCGCCGCGCGGUGACAGCCGCCCCAGCGCUGGCGUCUGUGGAGGUGGAGGUGGCACUUCCACGCAGGGGGCGACGGUCAGGGACUCCUGCGGGGCCCCCAUCCCGCCCGCUCCCGGGAGCCUGAAGAAGAAGGGCAGUGGCACCUGCUCUCAGGCCACCACGACCAGUGAGAAGAAACUCAAAACCAAUGGAGUGAAGCCGAGCACAUGCAGAUUCAAGUAGUAACUGACGUGGUGAAUUGCAAAGACCCCGGGCACCUAAACGUGAGUGCUCUUGCACAAGUCACAAUACUGUGAAUUUUAGGACGUUUUAUGAUGACUGACCUGUAAGUCGUUGACUGGCCCUUUAAGUGCAUCCCCACCCCUCACCGCUGCCACACUGGGCUUCUUUCCAAAGAAAGGCGUCUUUCCAUAAACCCUCCUUUGUCCUGACCGCCUCAAGCAAAUGAGAGCCCUUUAGAUAAAAUUUUAACCAAGGUCUGUGCCAUAUGAAGGGAGGAGUGGCCAGCGGCACAGGGCAGGCGGCACCGUCCGCUCCCCGCCCGCAGCGUGCCUAGUGCGGAGUGCAUACUGUUCUGCACCGCGUGGCAUCUGGACCAUCUGAAAUCAAGUUCUUGGGGUCCUCCUCUAAGCCGUCCAAAGAGAAGUUCUGUCUGCUUCACCCCUAGGAGAAGCUUCAGCUCUUUCUCAAGUCAGGAAGCGUCUCUUUGGGGCAAAGUCAUUUACCCCUAAGCUGCUUGCUCUUUCCAGACCGUGGGAUCCAGUACAUUCGUUUCCUGAAGGUGGUUCAAAGGUCGAGGUGGUGGUGAAGGCCACCUUCGGAGUCUUUGUAUUUGGGGUUAAAGUCGUGUACAACCUGUGCUAUAGGUUACGCGUCUCAGCAGGUCUGCUACCGUUCGGUGGGAGGUAAACAGGAAAGUUUUGGCAGCCAAGUGUUUUCGGCAUGAAUGGCUUCUGGAAGAAGGUUCCCUGGGAAAACCACGUUUUCGAGUUCAUACAUCAAAGGGCUACAGUUCGUACAUCAAAGGCCUACAGUCAGACACACGCGGAGCCACACAUGACUGUCACUGUCCUUCCAUUACAGAUCUGAGAGCUAGAUAUGCUGUCGUCUGUAGCCAACGUAAGGGUCUGGUUUACUUUCAAAGAGCAGGACUCCAUCACCUUGCUUCGGGGCAGAGGAGUGAGGACACAUUGCGGGAUGGGGGGGGUGGAAUAGGAAUCGUAGGGGUCACGGAGUGCCCUUGGCUCCAGCCUAGAUGCUUCUUAUCUAUUACCGUUAAGUGAGGCCUGCCUGUCCGUGCAGUUGGGCAGACGCCUCUGUUGAUACUGUGAAUAUCUGUAGAAUCUUCGGUCAGCUGCUGGGUAUCAGUAUGUUUCAGUGACUGUAGCUGAUUUUGUGUCUUUAAAUGCUCGCUCUCUUUGCUUUCAUACACAUUGGUUUUGAUUUUUUCACCUCUGGGGCAAACUAAAAAGGUGGCUGUUUUCAUUUGAAAACGCAUGUGGCCUGCAGGCUCCGCGGAGCAGCCAGUGUGUCCCAGAUGCUUCCAGUUAACAGCAGAAGGACAAGAUGCAUUUGCAAAUAAUGACAGUAACGGGCAAAAGGUCAAUAUUAAGGUCCCAUUUUAAAAUCCGACUUUAAUAAUAUUAAACAACAUACACUCCUUGUCAUGGUUGGUUUUUUUCUUCCAAGACUUUAUUUCCGGAUUUUCACAGAUUCCCUCUCAGAGUCUUAUCUUUCACACCACCCUACGGGAGAAAGCACACUCCCAACACUAAGAUCUCGUACCUUUGGACGCGAACAAAGACGCGUAUCCAGUGGGCAUCCCUUCCUGAGUUCUCAGUGAUGCUGUAGCUUCUACACUCGGUGUCUGUCUUGCAGUCUGGAAACAGUGCUCUUCCGACCUCACCUUUCUGUGCUUCCUGAGUGGCACCCGUGUGUCCUGUGGCCGCCCUGCUCCUUGUGAAGGCAGAUGGACUCAUCCUUUAUACACGGCUGGCGCCGCACCUCAUUCACGAGCCUUUCUCUGCUCAGAUUUUUACGCAGCUCUUGAUAACGUUUCAGGGCCGGUGACUCUCUGUAAGCACAUUAUACACGUGUACAUACUCCUGGCGCUAGUACUGCGGGCUUCAGGCUGAGCCGCCGCCGUCUCUGGUCAUGCUCUCCUGCGUAUUCUUGGACACCCCCAGGGUGAGAGUCCCUGGCUUCUUUGCCUUGCGCGUGUCGGAGCCGAGGACCAUUGUGAUUAAGAAAUUUACAGGUGGUGCCUGAGAGGUUGCAUUCCUUGCUCUUUGAGUUGAGGUUGGUCGCCUAAUUUGAGGGAUAGUUAUAAUGUCACAUGUUAAGACCAUUUUAAAAGCCUGUGAAAGUGACUUUGCCUGUUUACGUUUUUGCCUCCGGUCGAUGCUCUAUUUUCACCAGUAUUCUCACAACGGGAUCGGAGCGCCCGAGGAACCGUGUGGGUUCACUACAGAACAUAAGCACAGUUUGAAUUCCGUGUUUUCUGAUACACAUCCCCAUCACAGCCCCCUUUUGUAAAUGCUGCGGAUGGGAGUGUGGCCAUUUUCACACAGACGGCGCUGGCACGUGGGAGUCGGGAUCUCCUCUGGCUGGUCAGGUCUGAGCCACCGAGUGCCCUGCUAGUCUGGGGACGUGAGUCAUCCAUUCAGUAUUCAGAGAAGUGCCUCUUCUGGGGAAUUGUUUACAUCCAUGUUGUGUUUAAACCAAUUAAAAUAAUCCAAGGUAAAAAAAAAAGCAAAAGCAUAGGGAAUGUAAGAAGAGUUAAUUACUUCAGGCUUAGAACCAAUGGGAAAACGUAAAGACAUACAAACACAGACUGCAAAAUUAUAUCAGUAUUAGCUGCAAUUAUUUAGACUGAGACUGUUUCUCAAAUCUCUCAUGGCUAGACUGGCCAAAGUUGUGUAAGUGACCUGUGGGGCGGGGUGGGUGCCCCGUGUCAGCAAAGAUCGGGGGAUGUCGUUGAUCUUAUGGCAGCUAUGGGCUAAGGGGGAGGAAGGCUUGGAGUGGUUCUUAAGCUAUUAGGUUAGUUUCCAGACAGACGAACAACCUUUACCUUUCGUGAUUUAAAUACUGCCUAAAUCCCCUUAUGCUCACUUACUUGAAUAGUUAAAAAUAUGAAACGAAAUGGUACUGGAUUUCAAGGUAACAGAGAAGCAGGGUUUUUUAUGUAUUCAUGUGCACGUACAGAGCUCCGUUUCAAAUGGUCUGACUCUGGUGGGCAUGUUUGUUAUUUGCUGUUAUAAUUAUUGUAUGCUUGGUUUUGUACAUAAUAAAACAGAACGUGUAUAAGU